AGGAGUGCGCGCCUCAGCACGUGCGUGGGGGCGAGGCGUUCCAGGGGCGGGACCGGCGCGUGCGCAGUGGGCGCAAACGAGAAGGCGGGAAAAGACAGGAUGGAGCGACACGGGGUGGACAUGCCCCACAUAGAGGGCAAGGACCAGGAGCCACAGCUGUUCAGGGAGAGCAAGGAGCAGCAACAGGGCGAGGAGAACCGUGAAGAGGAGGCUGGUCGGGGACCAGCUAGAAGUCAGGUUUCUAGCCCCUCUGUCGCCACCUCCAGUGCCAACCGCCAGCUGAUGAUGCUGGAAGGGAAGUCGGGACCCUUUUCCUCUCUGGACUCGAGCAUUGACAUCCUGAAGAAGAGGGCCCAGGAGCUGAUCGAGAACAUCAACGAGAGCAGGCAGAAGGACCACGCGCUCAUGACCAACUUCAGAGACAGCCUCAAGAUCAAGGUUUCAGACCUGACAGAGAAACUAGAGGAGAGGAUGUAUCAGAUCUAUAAUCACCACAACAAGAUCAUUCAGGAAAAGCUCCAAGAGUUCACCCAGAAAAUGGCAAAGAUCAGUCAUCUGGAAACAGAGCUCAAACAAGUGUGCCACACUGUGGAGAACGUGUACAAAGACCUGUGCGUCCAGCCUGAGGCUACUAUUUCGGAAGAAGAACAGACCCACAAAGAUGGAGAAUGCUGACAGCUGCCAGGAGAGCCCCUCUUAGUGACAGCCACCAAGGGAAGGCUUAGAGGCCCCCGUUUAGGCUAUGAUGAGAAAAUUGUUUUUCAGAGUUCUGCAAUGCAUCUUGGCAAAAAACAAACAAACAA